UGUCCGGGCGGGUGCGCGGCGCAGAGGGGAGGGCCAGCGGGGCAGGAAUGCGCGGCGGGCGGGCGGCGCAGAAGGCGAGCAGCAGAACAUGUAAGGACACAUCCCGCCAGCAGCCGCCCAGCGCGCAGACAGAGCCCAGGGGAGCGGGCGUGCGGGCGGAGAGGCGCAGGGCUCCGGGGACCGGCUCCGGGCGGUCGGAGCGGUGCGCAGGGUCCGGAGCAGGCGGCGGGCGAGUAGCAUCCGCAGGCGUCUCCCGAACGCCGCUGUCCGCCAGGCGCCCCGGGCUGCAGCCUCGGCUGGACAGGGAGCAAGGCCAGCCAGCCCAGGGUGCGAGAAGCCGGAUCCGUAGAGCCAAGAUCGCCGUGCCCGCCGCAACCUCCAACGCUGUGGGGACCUCGGGGCGCCCAUGACGGCGGCGGCGACCGUGCUGAAGGAGGGCGUGCUGGAGAAGCGCAGCGGCGGGCUGCUGCAGCUGUGGAAGCGGAAGCGCUGCGUGCUCACCGAGCGCGGGCUGCAGCUCUUCGAGGCCAAGGGCACGGGCGGCCGGCCCAAGGAGCUGAGCUUUGCCCGCAUCAAAGCCGUGGAGUGCGUGGAGAGCACCGGGCGCCACAUCUACUUCACGCUAGUGACCGAGGGCGGGGGUGAGAUCGACUUCCGCUGCCCCCUCGAAGACCCCGGCUGGAACGCUCAGAUCACCCUGGGCCUGGUCAAGUUCAAGAAUCAACAGGCCAUCCAGACUGUGCGGGCCCGGCAGAGUCUUGGGACUGGGACCCUCGUGUCCUAAACCACGAGGCAUAUCAUUUUAUCGACAUGCCCUCACCUCCGUGCCUAGAGGACAUGUCAGCUUCUCUGUCCACCUUGGUUGGUUGGGGCCUGACUACAUGUGAGGAGGCAGAAGCUAUCAAUGUGUGGAAGAGGGGUACGAUCAUGGAAGGAGCCAGCCGUCCAGAGGCGGAGAGCAGAGGCCAAUGAGGGGCUGAGGAUGAAGCUUCAGCCUCUAGACGCCGCCGAGACUGCUACCCCCAGCUCAGGCCUUCGAGCCACCGGCCUGGCCUCAUCUGGACCACUUGGGGCUUCCCUGGCAUCAAGGCCCCUCCCACUGGCCCUGCCCUCGGUUCUGGGUUCUGCAGACUGCUCAUUGGCCCCUGGCUUUGAGACAUGCCUAAAGGAGGGGCAUGCUAAGCCAGGGCCUCAGAACUCAGGAUGCCAGCCUGGCGUCCAGAAGAUGACCACCCUACCUUAGGACAGUCGCUGCACUCAGCUUGUGGAGGGGGAUCUGCUGGGCUGGAGGCCUGUGCCUGGGGGAGGGGUGUCUCUUGCUGCUUAGGUCCUUUUGGGACCCCACCCACCCACCCAUCUAAACCCUCUCUUUGCACACUUCUUCCCUCACCUCUGUUGCCCUCUCCUCACUUUGGUGUUGGGCCUGGAGGUGGUGGGGGUGGGGUAAGGGUUUGGCCAUUACCAUUUCAUGCCUAUUUCCAGAAAUGAAGAUGCCCAAUAUAUGGGCAGUAACCACACUGUCUGCUGUGUGAAAUUCUUUUAACUACAGGACACCUAGAGCUUUGGAAUAUCUCUUUACUUCUCCAGCCUACAGGCAGUCUGAAACAUGUAACUUGAGGGUGCAGGCACUGUACCCUUAGAGGACAUGGCCUCAUUGGCCUUAGGAACGAAGGGCCUCGGCGUGACUGGAGACCAUCACGGUCCUGUAGCUGCCUCUGCUGUGCAGGGUUUCUUGGCCCCUGCUAGCCUGGGAAGUGUGUCUGC